AUGACAGUCACAACAACCCCCGACGACUGGAAAAAGAAGGCAUCAAGCUACAAAUCCAUGACCGGCGGGCUAAACGUGAAACCCAUAACCGUGAUGCUGGAGUGCCUGAACUCGCGCUUCCCACUCGCAUCCGCAACCGGAAUCCUCGACGACGGGUGCGGGCCUGGUCCCAUCAUGACGCGGAUUAUCGAUGAGUUUGGGAAACAUCUUCCGGCAGAGUGUACCCUGGCCUGCUCGGAUUUCGCACCGGCGAUGGUCGACCAGGUUCAGGAGGCGAAGAGGCGCUUCGUCGCUGAUGAGCCGGGGUCGGUUUGGGGUCGUGUUAGGACCGAGGUCCUGGAUUGUAUGGACUUGGCUACUGUUGGGGAUGGAGAGAUGAGUCAUGUUGCGGCUGGUUGGUCCUUCUUCAACGCCAACAACCCCCAGAAAGCGCUCUCCGAAUCCCUACGCGUCCUCCAGCCAGGCGGCGUGUUAGCAGCCUCGUCCUGGGCCGAAACCGACUGGCUCAAGAUCCUGCGGACAAUCACGAAGAUCGACCCGGCGCGCAGCCCGCCCGCCAUCCCCGAGGACUGGGCGAAUGCAGGUAAUUUGGUAGCGCAGCUUGAGAUUGCGGGGUUCCGCGACGUCGAUGUUUAUGAGGUCCCCGUCGAUAUACCGUUCCGCUCGUAUGCGUCGUUUGUGGAUGUGAUGAUGACGAGGGUUACGCAGAUGAUGACGGCGAGCCAGGACUUGGAUGAGAGGCAGAAGACGUUGCUGAGGGAGUUGAUGACGGAGGAGAUGAAGGGCUUGUGUCCGACUGAGCCUGGGGUUCUCAAGGCCGUUUCGUUGGUUGCUGUUGGGGUGAAAAGUUGA